CGACGAUGGAUGGAGUGAACCAAGAGGUGGAGGGCGGCACUGUCCUUUCGCACGUCCAGUUUGCGGAAGCCGCGGCAAAUGGGUCCAAGACGAUGGUCGAGUUCCUCCUCGACAACGGCGCCGACAUCGACGCCCCUGGAAGAGAUGGCACGACGCCUUUGUGCGCAGCUGCGUUAUGGGGCAAUGAAGCCAUGGUCAAGUAUCUCCUGAGUCGUGGCGCUCGUGUCAGAGCGUGCAACGAAGGUACUGGAUGGACGGCAUUGCACGCGGCAGCGUUUCAAGAGCAUGGAAAAGUCGUGCGCAUCCUUCUUGAAGCCGACGCGGAUGCGUUUGCCAGCGACAUGGACGGUCGUACGCCGUGCGACUACGCCAGUAUUUCGGAAGCGAUUUGGCCCUUUUUUGCAGCACGAGGGUGCGAGAAGAGCUUGAAGUCUGAUCUGAUCGAGAAAGGAAUCAUCCGAAAGGUUGAAAACCAAGCGGAAGAAUCCGGCUACGAGCCAGCGGUCGCCGAGUACUCCCGUCCGGGGUCGUCCUACCAGCGUGUUCAAAUGAAUCCUGGGGGUGGCAAUACCAAGCGUUCUGACCACACAACGUCACGAGGCGGUUCGCCCCGCGUAUUCAUUGACCCGUUGGGAGCUCCUCCGUCCAAGUCCACGACGACCUCGCGCCGCCCCUCCUUCAACGGCCUCGACUUGUAACAUCACCGAGGCAUCAAACGAUUCAUGUGUUAAAGCUGCAAAUUGUCAAAGCACUUUCGAA